GGUGCUGUCAAGUCCAGGGAGGAGAAAUUUGGCAUCAUCACUAGAACAAAGUUUGGCAGUUUGGGAGAAGCCCUGCAGGAGCCGGACGCACAGAACUGACCUGCAGAUCACUGAGUUCAUCCGGACCCGGUUUAGGAGUGUAAUGAUGGAGUUUGUGUUGAGUAUGAAGGUCGUUCAGGUCAUGGUUCUAAUGAUGAGUCUUCAUCACUUUAGGCUGCUUUCUGCUCAGGAGUGUCCACCCACCCACGAUCUACUGAACUCACUGCGGCAGGUAGAGAAGAUGUUGGCGCUACAUGAGACAUCGUACCAGCAAGGCCUGCGUUCCCUCAGGAAGAAGAUAAACACCCUGCACAACAGCACCAUGGCCUUCUUUAAAAUGGCGUCCUGCCCUAAGCCUGACCCCCCGGCUAAUGGACGCAGACUGGGCAGAGUGUUUGCUAUGGGACACGAGGUCCACUUCCUCUGUAAGCCCGGCUACGAGUUGAUAGGCCCACGAACCCGGGUGUGUCUGGAGUCUCUGAAGUGGAGUGGACAACAGCCCAUGUGCAGAAGACUUAACAGCACGGCCAACUCUUUGGCUUCCUUCUCUUCAGCUGCGUCCUCCUUCGCUGCCUUAUCUGCCUCCUCCACAGCAGCUUCACCUUCUUCAUCCCCAACGCCCUCCUCGCCCUCCUCACCCUCCUCGCCCUCCUCGCCCUCCUCGCCCUCCUCCUCCAUCCGGCCUUCUAACUGCACACAUUUCCUGGGCUCGACUCACUGCACGUGUGAUGUUGGUUUCACCAUAUCAGGCCGAGACAAUAACAUCUGCACAGAUAUCGACGAGUGUCAUCUUUUCCCCCUGGCGCAGCCUGGCCGUCUCUGCAUCCAUCAGUGUGUGAACACACCCGGGAGCUUCCACUGUGUUUGCCCGCCCGGCUACAGCUUGUCCAGAGACGGUCGCAGCUGCACAGACACUGACGAGUGUGAAAACCUUUCACACAACUGCACAGCAGACCGGCUGUGUGUGAACACGUUUGGAGGUUUCCAGUGCGUGACAGUGAAGUGUCCCAAGACAAAAAACGCCACAUACAUCAAGACGUCUCCCAUGCGCUGUGAGAGGAAUCCGUGUAUGUUGGGGGACAAGGCGUGCUCUCAAGCUCCCAACUCCAUCUCCUUCCACUUUCUGGCCGUGGUGUCCAACAUGUCCGCCCCUCGCGUCCUCUUCCGGGUGUCUGCAGCCCGCGUGCUGGGAGACACGCUGCGGUUCGGCCUGGCCCGUGGUCGCGGUCACUUCAGUGUGCAGCGCUCGGGUCGGCAGACCGGGACUCUUCUCCUGGUGACGCCUAUUAACGGGCCGGCCACGCUGGAGGCCGAGGUGGAGAUGAGUGAGCUGGAGAACAACAGCCUGCUGGGCCGCUACCUCACCAAGGUCACCCUGUUUGUGUCCCCCUACAUGUUCUAACAGGGAGGACAAGCGAGAGGAGUCCCUGGACCAUUAACCAUACAAUGGAUACCAUGAGAGUUUAGUGUGAUAUGGAGACCUGGAUUUUCAGAGACAUCGUCUUUUGUUCGUUUUUCAAUGUAGUAGUUAGAAAAGUUGUAGCAUUAGCUUCUCUGGUGACCUCUCAGCACUUUUUUAAAAUUAUCAUCUCUGUUGACUCAGCAUGACCACUUAGCUAUGAACAUGUGUAGUGUGUAGUCGUUCAUUCUACAUAUAGACUUUGUGAACAGCUUUAAACACGCUCUCAUUUAAAGAGGGGCAACAAUAUUUGUUUCUUUCUUCACACAGACUAAUCUUGCUAGAGAUAGUUUCCAGGUAAAUCCUGGUGAAGAGGUUUGGAACAGUCUCGAUUGUUCUGAAGGAUCUUUCUUGGUUUAACACACCCUAAUAAAAUAAAUGGAUCCUUAAGCCGGCCUCUGCAAAACGUACUGAGCUGGUGAGGAAGUAACUCAGCGGCACCAUUUGAAUCAGCUGUAUAUUCGGUUUUCACCAAGCCUUAAGAAGUGGCUCCAGAAACCAUCAGGUUUAAAAACAUGCAAACUUAAUCUGGUCGCACAUGAACCACCGCAAGAUGGUUAUUUUAUUAGGUCAACUAAGCUACAGCUAAUGAUGGACUUAUUAUAAGGCUCAUUUAUGAAGCUUUGUGUGGGUUUCUUUUGAAAAUAGUUCGGAAAUCUAACAACAGGUGCAGAAAUGGCUGAAACAGAACGCAAGUCUUGCUCUGUGUUUUUUGUUUGAAGCCGACACAAAGGCUGCCGACCCCCUUUCCUCUGGCUCUGCCUCCAGCUCCUCAACAGACUAAAGAGGUUUUACAUUUUAUCACAAAGACGGCUAAGAACAAAUAAAAAGAAAGAAACUAAGUGUGCAGUAAAAACAAUUCAUAUUUAAAAUGACAAACACUGCCUGAUAGAUAAUAUUCAGAAA